AGGAGAAGGAGGAGGAGAAGAAGAAUCAGGUCUACAGUCCAAAAUCCAAAACGCGGAAACAAGCCACCUAGAUCAUUAAACACAGGUGUGAGACGACGGCUCAGAGAAACACGUUGACAUCAUGCCCAGAAAGAAAGACGGCGUUAAAGGUGGAGCUCCGUCACCCGUAAUCCGGGAAAACUCUCGGCUCAUGCGCACACAUGAGUCGAUGGUGGAUUACAUAAAUGGACGCACUUCUGCAGGCUCGUUCCUGGAUGUCCUCGCGCCUGCCCUGUUCGGUUUAAAUUUUUUAAAGCCCUUAGAGGACGAUCUCAUAUAUUCAGACGAGGACGAUGACUAUGAUGAUGAUGAUGAUGAGGAGGAGGACAAUGAUGAUGAUCGCUAUUAUCGUCCAAGCAGAGCUGCUCACAGGACUUUAGAACCGCAUCCUCAGAUAAAGCAACUCACUGAUGAGGAGGCUGAUAAAAUUGCAAAGGAAUUAAUAGAAGAAGAGGAGCGACGUAAGGAGAAAACUAGAAAAAACAAGCGCAAGAAAAUGCGUAAAAAAGAAAAGAAACGUUUAGAAAAGGAGAAUGCACUAAAAGAAAAUUUACAUGAGGAAGAACAAGCCAAGUCAGACUCUUCAGACAAUCCAAAAGAAACCGCUAUAAUUGAAAGUAAUGCAGAGGCAGAUGAGUCCUCUCAAUGUGGUGAAUCUCAAAAUGCAGUCGAGGCAACUGGACGUGAUGAGCAAAGUAAUAAUGCUGAAGAAAAAAUUCUUGUUACGGUGAAUAAGAAAGAAGAUGAGGAGCAAAAGGAAGAAGAUUUAAAUAAUUCAUGCGCUGCUUCUGCUAAAUCGGCGCCGGCGGAGACGUGUAACCAGAAUCCUACAAAAGAAACAAAAAGGGAGAAAAGUAAAUUACCUGAAGUUCGGCAGCCCGAGGAGAAAAAGACAGAGGUCGCUGAGAAACCUGAAGUUCGAAAGAAAACAGAAGAGAAGCCUGAAACCAAGGAAGAGAAAACAGUGGAUCCGGUUGUGGAUGAGUAUGCAAAAAGAAGCAUCGAGCUUGCCAAUAUGGGGAAUCGUUUGGCUGCCUCUGGACAGUUUGAAAUGGCAGUGAGAUUCUUUACUGACGCCAUUAAGCACAACCCAAAGGAAUUUAAGCUAUUUGGAAACCGGUCCCUCUGUUAUGAAAGAUUACAGCAGCAUGAAAACGCACUCAGGGAUGCAGACCUCGCUCUCUCCAUGGAACCGAACUGGAUAAAAGGUCUAUUUAGGAAAGGGAAAGCUCUCUGCGGGCUCAAGAGGUACUAUGAAGCUUCGCUGAUCUACAAGGAGGUGUUGAAACUGGAAAGUACGAGUGCUGAGGCCGCACAGGAGUUGAAACGAGCGCAGACGUUGCACCUCAUGGAAAUGGGCUUCACCUGGGCUCAGAGCUCCGAGGCCUUGAAGACUCACGCCUCGUUAGAGGAGGCUGUGGAAGCUCUGUUUGCCGGCGAUGGUACCCAAAGUCCUGGAGGUGCUGGCGCCAGAAGGGACAACGCAGACCCGCCAGUGGUGCAGGAACACUACGACGAGGGAGAAUGGAUUGUCCAACAGACAAGCCGUCCUCGAACGCAGCACGUCAGAGAGUCUGAGGCUUCGGAUCAUAGCAGAGCAAAGUCUCAUUCGCCGACGCCCCCCUCCAGGAAUCCUGUUAAACCGAAUCUUUUCCCUGUUUGGGUCGGAUUCUUGGCUCCUGCUAUGACCUACGUUAAACUCCACGAGCUCUUCAGCAGAGCCGGGACAGUCUACAGCAUCAAAAUGCUGCUGGAGCAUCAGUGUGCCUUUGUGAACUACACCAGAAAGGAGGACUGUGAGAGAGCCAUCCAGUGCAUUAAUGGAAUGGUGUUUGAUGGUUCUCCUCUGACGGUUCGAUAUCCGUAUAAAAUCCACACUGGACUCGGUGUUUCCAAAACAGCUGCCACAGACAACAGCUCACGUCCAGGCAUGUUCAAGAAGAGAGAGUGCUUCUUCUGGAGGACGACGGGCUGCACGAGGCAGGACUGCAUCUACAAACACAUCCCGGAGCACAAGAACAUUGACAGGGACAAAUUCACCAAUAGACUGGGAUACAUGUCACACGCAGGAAAUCAAAAAUGAAAACAAAAAAAAAAAAAAGAAAACGCCAGCAUGCAGUGUUUCCUCUCAGAUUUGACGCGGUG